AAGCCAUGUUCCCUGAUAAGUACCUGGUAGCCUACCUAUGUAGGUACCUAGGUAGGUAGAUAGGAUUGUAGAUAUCCAUGAUGUCCUGUCAAUUGGAUCCUAGGUACACCUUGUAUAAGUUAAUGAAGUCUUGGGAAAGGCAGGCAUACCAUAUCCAUACUUGGGGGGAGGUUGCAGAAGGGUACCACCCGACUAUAGUAGGGUGUAGCUAGGAGCUAGGGCGGCACCAGAAUGCCCCGCUCAGAGGAUGGCGGGGUGGAAACCGAAGUCGCAGACGAUUUUAGAUGUGUCUCGACCACAUCCACUUGCUUCGAGAAACAGCCAAGCUCAUCUGCUUUGUAAGCUGCAUUCAACAACUGUUUGGGCCCAGCCUCAUCAAAAGACGCAGGAUUCCGAACUUCCAGUGGUCUCUUUGCCCCAAAGUCCCCGACCACUUCAAGUAAUCCUGGUGAUUUACAGGCAGGAUGGCUCCCCUGACAAAGGACUCGUACCCUCCAGCUCUCGAGGAGGCAGAGAGUGGCAGGUUGGUCCAGGUAGCCAAAGACUGGACUAUUGGAAACGGCCUUGCAGUUCGACCACCUCCCUCAGUUACCCCUGCCGAGGCAGAUCCCCAAGGCAUUCUGGCAUCAAGUGCCCCUGUCACCCUCUUUCCAAGCCCCUUUCCAAAAGUCUGCUUUGAACAGGCCAAGGAGGUUCAGAAAGCCUACAAUGAACUCUACGCUAGAAUCAGCCAUAAUGAGGAAUAUAUUGGCCAGAUUGUCAAGGAGGUUGCUGGUGGGGAUGAUUUUAUUUCCCGUCUUUGGGAUGUUCAUCUGAGGGUCAAGAAGGAGGGCUAUGUCCAACCUCUAUCUCUCGGCCUCUUUAGGUCUGACUAUAUGGUUCAUCAAGAAAACCAGAAUGAGUCCGGGACAGGCUCCCUUCCCCAGAUAAAGCAAGUCGAGUUUAACACCAUUGCUUCCUCGUUUGGUGGCCUGUCAACCAAAACCUCUGCACUCCACAGAUUCCUCGCCGCCACUGAGUAUCCUCUACUGAGAAACCCCGGCGCUCAUGCCGGAUAUAAUCUCCCAGAAAAUGGGAGUACGGAGGGUCUUGCUGCUGGCAUUCGCGCCGCGUUUGAGGCAUAUGGAGGAUCGCAGAUUGGCCUCAAGACCUGUGUCAUCUUCCUGGUGCAGGGGGAAGAGAGGAAUGUCUUCGACCAGCGUCAUCUCGAGUAUGAGCUGCAGAGCUCUUCCCGAAGAACGCCAGUCUUCCGCCUCCCUUUUGCCGAGAUCCUAGAGAGAACUACCAUCGCCAACUCCGACAAGCGCCAGCUCCUCUACCGCCUCCCAAGUAACCCAGAAGAGGUGUUUGAAGUUGCCGUUGUUUAUCUCCGAGCCGGUUACGGGCCCGGAGACUACCCCCAGCCGUCGGAUUGGGACGCCCGUUAUCAUAUUGAGCGGUCGGCCGCCAUCAAGUGUCCGACAGUGCUAACUCAGCUCGCCGGAGCGAAGAAAGUCCAGCAGGUGCUUGCAACGCCUAAACCGGCAUCCGCGCCUUCAGAACUGAGCAGAUUCAUCCCGGAGGAUUCGCCUCAGUUCGGAAGCGUCUGGCAGACAUUCACAAACAUCUACCCCAUGGAUGAUUCCGAGGCCGGUCUGGCUGCCCGCAAACUGGCAACCGAUCCAGAGCACUGCAAGAAGUAUGUUCUGAAGCCGCAGCGAGAGGGCGGGGGGAAUAACUUCUACCGCGGUUCCAUACCGCCGUACCUCAAGUCGAUCCCGGAGUCGCACUGGAGUUCGUAUAUCUUGAUGGAGUUGAUCACGCCGCCUCCCGUAACAAACAUCAUCCUACGAAAUGGCAAGCUGGAGCAGGGAGGCGUGAUCUGUGAGCUGGGCAGAUACGGGACUUGCGUCUGGAACCAGGAAACCGGGGAGAUUCUUCAUAAUGAGGAUGCUGGGUAUCUUCUGCGUACCAAGGGCGACCAGAGCGAAGAAGGCGGUGUUGCUGCAGGCUUCGGCUGUAUGGAUUCCUGUAACCUCGUCUAGGAGCGCUUGGUGUCGAGCCAGAGCAGGUGUGGCACUCUAAAAUAAUCUUACAUUGGGAAUAUCUGCGAUAGGGUAUGGAUGGCAUUACAAAUAGGAGCCGAAAACACUUGAGAUCCGUACAACCACUCCAGUCACCCACCCGCCGAAUCACACAAGACAAAGGAGAGGGGCCAUUGAGCGGCGAGUUCCCAUGUAACCGAGCAAAACAAGUCAGAGGUUUCGACUCCACAACUGCGUUCGACGAUGCUCGGUGCAGCGUCAACAGUAGCUCAACAACCCUUUACUGUCCGCCUCUAGCCGCUCCGGUUUCCGCACCCGAGUCGGCCGUAAGGGGCCGCUUCAGGACCUCGAUGCUCCCUAUCGA